CCCGAGGAGACCUUCUCCUCGGUUCCGGGAGUCGUCAAGACCAGGGUGGGAUACACCGGGGGCGACCGCGCCGAUCCGACCUACGCGUCGGUGUGCGCCGGCGACGGGCACACGGAGGCGGUCAAGAUCGAUUUCGACCCGACCGUCGUGUCCUACGCGAAGCUCUUGGACCUGUUCAUGGCGCAGCACGACCCGUGCGUGCCCAUGUCCGCGCAGUACCAGAGCGCGGUGUGGCCCCAAGACGAGGCCCAGUUAGGGGCGGUGAUGGCGGCGAUCGAGCGCGUGGAACAAACGCGGGGCCGGACCGUGUACACCAAGGUUGAGAAACCCAAGCGGUGGUACGACGCGGAGUGGUAUCACCAAUCGUACAACAACAAGAACAAGGCGAGACUGGCGGCGGCGUUCGGGGUUUUUGUGUUGAACAACAUCCCGCACGGCAGCUUCCCCGGGCAGGAGCCGCUGAAGACCGUCCUGGGCGGGGCGGUGUUCCUCAGCCUUCUGCCGCAGCUCGUGAGCCCGUUUGACCGUCUGCUCUCCAUGCUGGAUUAG